UUUGUAAGAACAGUGCUUGCAGCUAGCUGUGACAGAGAAAAUGGAGAAAGACUGCGAGACAGCAUAGGAGACCUGCCAAAAUUCACUCUUGAAUCACAAGUUAACCAAACCCUAGAAUUCAAUCUCGGACUCUCCAAAGAGUUCUGCAUUAACCUCCUAGAAGAAGACCCAAAUGACAUGUCAUGUAACUGUCCUGCAACGGAUUCUUUUGAUGGGGUCGCUCAAUAUCCUUUGUAUAAGCGUUUAGCUUUGUAUCAUUCUGUAAAGUGUGGUGCUUUAUGGAGAACUUAUGUGAAGAUGAUGUUUUGUGAUGAAGUUAGUAACUUGAAGUAGAAAGAAGAGAAUUGGAAUCAGUUGAUUAAAGAAAAGGGACUUGAAUUGAUAAAUAUGGGGGCAAAACAGUCGAAGGAAGGUGUGCUACUGGUGAUUACAUAAUGUAGAUGAUUUGCCAUAUGCUUCGAAAUUGGGCCGGGAGAUGUGAUACUCGUAAACAAACUGUGGUGCUUAAAGUGGGGAGGCUGCAAGCUGAGAGUCUCGAGAAAGUCCUUCCUGGGGUUAAAACUGUUGAAGAAGGUGUCAAGAUUUAUAGGAAAUUUUAUGCAGAAGAAAAGGAAGUGUCUAAUGGUGUCCUAGCAAUCUGUGUUUCAAAAGUGGCUGCCCAGCCAUGCCUUUCUCUGGCUAGCAUACUGUUUGGAUUGAGUUAUGGAGGUGUUCAAAGUCAACUGGGUACUGAUGGGACAGUUUCUAAUGCCCUACCUCUUCCAAGAUCGACACUUCUCUCAUCCUUCAUUUUUCCAUAUAAUCCAAAUAUCAAAGGCAGUGCCUUGACUUGUGGAGCAAGGGCCUUGGCAAAGCAUGCUAAAAGGAGCAGCAAUAGAUAUUGGGGCGUUCUUGGAGGAAGUGGCUUGCAAUGGAUGUCAUAAAUCGCUUAAUAGCUGCUUGUAGCUGGCAAAACAUUCAUGCUGUUCCACAACAUGGGGCUGUCUUUGAGAUAAGGGUAGUUGAUGGUUAUGGAGCACAUUGGUCUAAAGAUGGAACGAAGGUAUAUUUAUGCUAUUGUAGUGAUCCUUGUAACUUCAUGUAUACUGGCAUUGAUGGAUAACGUGCUAGGAAACAGAAAAACAUGUACAGAUAAAUACGGGUUGGCUUAGGCUUAAAACAUGCUCUACAUUUUCAAGAAAAACAUGAAAGUUAUGCUAUUGAGGCCUCUUUUUUCUUGUGGAUAAAAGAACAAAUUCCAAAAAUCUGGAGAAGACAUCCAAAAGAGAAGAAUAAGAGAGACAACACCAAAUUUAAUGUAUAAGAGCACCUAAAUCCCAUUAAGACCCUAUUCUAUUCUAUACUGUUCUCUGUACAAUAGCUUUGUACUCUGCUGAGUACCCCUAAUCUGGGUGCAUGUAAUGAUGGAUUCCUCAUGAAAUCAACAGAUUGGUGAAUCCAAUCAGCUAUCGGAGUAGCUUAGUGUGAGAUUUGCAUGGUUUAUACAAGAGAGUGGAAUUAACAAGGGACUUUUAGUGUUCUUAAAUUGACUACUCAAAAGUGCCUAUAUAUUAAUUGAAAAGCAUUUUCCAUCGGAUUAUAUUAUUUGAGCUGAAAAUUAAAAGAAGACAUUCAGAAAUCAGUUGCUAUAACUUCCUCCACUCACUGACAAACAGUAAGGCAGGCAGUUCCACCAUCUAGAUUUUGUGGCACAGCCCUCCAUUCCCAACUCUCUCACAACCGGUUUACUAGUGCUAAUGGUAGCUUUAGGAAAGCAUGCAUAUAACUGUUUCUUUUAGUGCUAAAACCUAUUAUUGGAUUGUAAAUUUUGUCCUUGAAAAUGUGUCCUGUAACAAUGCAAAUUCCGUUGGCUUUUUGCUGACCUGCUGACACUGAACCUGACCCUGUUAUCAAUGCCCAUGUUUUAACUCACCCAUUGUUUUUGUUCAUUUCAGUUCAUAGGAUUUCUCGAACCAUACAUGAGAGAUGGUCACUCAAAGAAAUGGAAGCAUUAGUUUGUGUGAGGGGGCAUUUCGACUGGCAUCCUUGAACUAUACAUUUUCUUUUGUAAUCUAGGGUUGUGUGUGUAGAUGGGGGCAAAACAGUCGAAGGAAGGUGUGCUACUGGUGAUUACAUAAUGUAGAUGAUUUGCCAUAUGCUUCGAGUACAUCAUCAUAAAUAUUUGCAAGUUUAUGAUUGUGCAAUCUUUGAAGAACUCUCUGCAAGAAAGUGGAUGAAUGUCUUCUUUUUUUGUAGCUUAUAUUCGGUUUGUUUUGCUAUAGAAUUGGGCCGGGAGAUGUGAUACUCGUAAACAAACUGUGGUGCUUAAAGUGGGGGUGAGACCAUAUUGUUGAGAUAUA